AAAGAUAUCAUGUAAGAUUUAAAACAUAAUUUAUGAAUUUAUUUAUUAUGAAGAUAAUAUUAUUCCCUAUAUAAAUUAAACGUAAUUUGCAAAUGUUAUCAAUUUGAUCGUAACUUUGCUGAACGAUUCAAAAUGAAAUUCUUCGUAGCUCUCGUCGCUGUGGUAGCCGUGGCUGUCGCCAGCCCGGUGAGCAGGAGCCGCAUCAACAACAAUCAGCUGGCUGCUAUCAUCGAGGCCAUCCAGAGCCCCCUCACAGACCCCUCCACCGCCGCUCUCCUCGAACAACAACUGCAACAAAUCCUCGAAAGUCUUGAGUCUAUCUCUGUUGGCCCCGUAAUUGUCAACCCUGCACCUGAACCCAUCGUCGUUGGCCCCGGUGUCAUUGAAUUCCCCGUUAUUGAACCGAGCCCCGAGCCCAUCGUCGUCAGCCCUCCCAUCGUCGACCCUCCUGUCGUCGUCAGCCCCCCCGUCGUCGAACCUCCCACGGCUCAACCCCCAGUCGUUGUCCUCCCCCCUCCCGCUCCCGAACCUGAAGUUGAAUCUAGCAGCGCUCCUCUCGUUCAACUCAUCUUGAACAUCAACCAGGCUUAAACGUCGCUUCACUAGCUCUUGCUGAACUGAUAAUAAAGUUAUUUUAUAUAACUGAAUGAUAAUUUGUAAACAUAAAUAUAUUAUGCUAUAGUCAAAUAUCCGGUGAAACUGUGAUAAAAUUUUGUUUUACAGCUUAAAAUAAAAUAAAAUCAGAAUGCAA